AAAAGCGGUUAAAAUCUCGCCUCUUUUUCGCAAAGGGUACGCACUUCGCCGUGGUUUCGGACGUAGCCCUAGCUCAACUCUGUACGUCAACGGCACCUCCGCCGUCUUCCACUCCGUGACUCCCUCAAUUCUAUAGCCGGCUUCACGUCAUGGCCGGAGGCCGCGGUACGCAAUCGUCUGAUGAAGAGGACGUUGACCAUUACGCCGUCCUGUGCCUUCCUUCCGGCGAAGAGGGUGCGAAGCUGAGCCUAAAGGAGAUCGAGAAGGCCUACCGCAACCAAUCGCGAAUCCGCCAUCCGGACAAGCGACCCGACGACCCCAACGCCACCGCCGACUUCCAACGACUCAAGACCUCCUUCGAGGUUCUCAAGGAUGAGGCUGCCCGCCGCGUGUUUGACGCCCGCCUUCGUGCUCGCCGCGAGCGAAUCCUUCGAGACUCCGCUUUCGAUGCCAAGCGGAGAAAGCUGGCUACUGAUCUUGAGGAGCGGGAGCGAGCGGCUGAGGAAGUAGAUGCAGCAGACCCUGCCAAGCAGGCCGAGCGUAGGGAGAAGGACGUGGCGGCCCGUCUGCAGAAGGAGCUUGCCGAGUUCCAGGCGAGGAAGACCAAGAAACCUACUGCUGCUUCCAAUUCGACUUCUAAGGCAUUUGAGCAAGAAAAGGGAGAAGAUAAUGGAGGAACUGCACUGAAUAAGGAAAGGAUGUUGAAGGUCUCUUGGGAGAGUAAUUUGGGAGACUAUACUGCUGUAAAGCUGCGAGAGCUGUUUGAGAGGUUUGGCGGUGUAGAGGAUGUUGUAAUCAGGUCAAAGGCAUCAAAAAAGAGACGUUCUGCGAUUGUGGUCAUGUCUUCCAAAGAUGCUGCAGUGGCUGCUACACAGAGUGUGUGUGGCAGUCUCUCAAAUCCUCUACUUGUUCUUCCUGUUCAAGCUGUGGCUCCUGAUAUAUCAAGUCCUUUUUCUGCAAAAUCUUCUGAAUCUACGAACUCUACACCGAACAAUAUCAUUGGUGCUGGAUUUCAAGACUAUGAAGCUUCUAUUUUGAAGAAACUUCAAAAGGCAAAUGAGCUGAAGAAGAACAUUCCAUAAUAAGAAGCUUAGCUUUUGAAGGACAAUAGUUAAUAUCAAACAUUUGGGAAGACAUUUGGACGGACCAAAAUCUCAUGUAUUGUAUGGAAGAGGAUAUUUAUAUCCCUUUAAAUGAUGUUCUCCAGAAUCUUUCCUGUGGAAAUUAACAAGCAUCAUAUCAACAUAUCCGUCGUAUGGCUCAAGAUCCUUGCUUGUGUUGUUGAUUUCUCCUCCCUUUCUGUGGCUCAAACUCUUCACCCGCGCAGAGUUUAUUUUCUGGGUACGAAUUUGUAACCUUGUGAUUAACAGGAUUCACUCAGCUGGACACGAUGACUCUAACCCAUCAGCAAACCUUAAAUUUCUCGUCAGAAGUUGUCCUACUAAUGUGCUACUUGAAAGUGUAUUUUGUUCUUUUAUAUUCUUUCAAAAUGUCAAAUAAUUUAAACCUGCAGAAUUUUGUAUGGUGUCUUACGAUUUCCUCCCAAGGAAGAUGACUAUAUUCAGAAUGCAGUAUUCUAAUAACUUGGAAUGCCAUUGGCGGCAGAGUCGUUAUUGGCUUUGUUCUGUAUGAUUAAUAAUUUUCUGUCAGUUUAGGGAGGAUAUGAUAUCUGGACGUGUGCUCAGAUUUAUAUGUUUGACUUAUUGUUUGUUGAACCACAUGCCUUGUAAUACGAUUUAGAAGCAUUAUUCCCU